AAGUUGUAUCAGCUGCCUGAUGUUUUUUGGAAUCAAUCUGUUGACCGCAUCCUUGGAGAUGAUCUUUAACAAAAUGGCUGGCUCUACUACGCAAUUUGUGCUCGAUGAUUAUACUUUUCUUGAUCCUGAAAAUUUCAAUUUUUGUACAAGCGUGGGGAAUGAGGUGACCGAUGAGAGACCUCUCUUUGGUGAAGAAAACUCUUGUCCUAAUACAAAUAACGAUGAUACUUCGUCUGGCAGCACCUUGAAUGAAAUGCAAGAAACUAAUGACUUGAAUGUCGACAAACACCCGUUCUUCAUACCAACAAGUCCCUUCGUGUGCACCACUGAGGAUAUGAUACAACUUCUUCAAUUAAUCAUGCCUUCGUACCUAUACAAACUGUCUAUAAUAAAGGAUAAGCAACAAUCUCUUCUCAAGGAAGAACAGGAAAAUCUGGUGCCACUUGUUAUUCACUUACUUCAUGACCACAGUGAGAAACCUACGGACCAACAUACUUUGCAACAAUACUUGAAGGAGAGAAGUCGCUAUCUCCACCAACUCCUUGGGGACUUAAUGCCUGCAACGACGAAGCAUGCCUUCAUCAAGAAAAUCAAGCGUAAAGACACCUGGGUCAAGAAUUAAAUGGGGACCAUUUUUCCUUGAGGUGUGGGUUGUCAUGUAUAUAUAUAUUUAUAUAAAAAAUAAAAAAAUAAAAAAAAAAAAUAAAAAAUAAAAUUUUUUAAGUAC